CAUAGGGUUGUCCCACCACCAACCUUUGUAGGUUGUGUCUCACAUCUAUUUUAUCUGACACACUGUCGGUAACGAAUUAUUUUGUCGUUUUAAACCACGUUUUAGCGGUUUUGGUCAGAAAAUAGUCAUAAGUAGUGUUACAUAUAAAAUUAAAGUCGAUAUCAACGAACGUUACACGAGUUUUACUCUAAUAAUCUACGCGAUAAAGUGUCACAAGCGUCUCGUUUAUAGUCUGUUUGAAUCUAAACCUUCUCUCAACCGACAUGGACCAACUUCAAGUAACUACAAAAGAAACCAAGAGCCCGUGGGGUGCUCCUGUCCUGGCACAAGCGCCCUGCUCUCUGGCUGAUGUGAUGAGUGAGCAACUGGCCCGAGAGCUGCACGAGGAGAAUAAUGCUUUCCCAGAAAUCCCAGAUACCGAUCUGGACCUAACCUGCACUCCUGAACCAGAGACAUGCAGUGACCUGAUGCUGGCCCAGAUGCUUCAGAUGGAGUUUGAUCGCGAGUUUGAUACGCAGCUGCGCAGGGAGGAGAGGAAGUUUAAUGGAGACAGCAAAGUCUCCAUAUCCUUUGAGAACUACCGUAUGGUUCAUCCAUAUGAGGACAGUGACAGCUCUGAAGAUGAGGUCGAUUGGCAAGACACUCGCCAUGAUCCCUACAAAGCUGACAAACCAACAACAACCCCUAAAAAGGGAUUUGUUGGCAAAGGCAAGAACAUCACUACAAAACAUGACGAGGAAGUCUGUGGACGGAAGAACACGGCACGCAUGGACAAUUUUGCUCCGGAGGUGCAGGUGGGAGACGGGAUCGGCAUGGACCUGAAGCUUUCCAACCAAGUGUACAACGCUCUGAAACGCCACUGUGACAGCGAGCAGCGCCGCAGCGCUCGACUUCAUGAGAAGAAGGAGCACUCUACUGCUGAACAAGCUGUGGACCCCAGGACCAGACUGCUCAUGUACAAAAUGGUGAAUGCUGGGAUACUGGAGAACAUCAAUGGUUGCAUCAGCACAGGAAAAGAGUCGGUGGUUUUCCACGCUAAUGGAGGGAGCUUUGAAGAGAAGAUUGUUCCCGAAGAGUGUGUCCUCAAGGUUUUCAAGACCACUCUGAAUGAGUUUAAGAACAGGGACAAAUACAUCAAAGACGACUACCGCUUCAAAGACCGCUUCAGCAAGCUGAAUCCUCGCAAAAUUAUCCGCCUGUGGGCUGAGAAGGAGAUGCACAACCUCACCAGGAUGAAGAAAGCAGGGAUCCCGUGUCCAGAGGUGGUGAUUCUGAAGAAGCACAUCCUAGUGAUGUCAUUCAUUGGAAAGGACCACGUUCCUGCACCUAAACUGAAGGAGGCUACUCUGAGUGCUGAGGAUAUGAAGAAAGCGUACUACCAAGUGCUAAAUAUGAUGCAGAGUCUGUAUCAAGACUGUAACCUGGUUCAUGCAGAUUUGAGUGAAUACAACAUGCUCUGGCAUGAAGGACAGGUGUGGUUGAUUGAUGUGAGUCAGUCCAUAGAGCCCACUCACCCUCACGGUCUGGAGUUCUUGUUCAGAGACUGCAGGAAUGUGGCCAAAUUUUUCCAGAAAGCUGGUGUGGAUGAAGCUCUGAGUGUAUUUGAGCUUUUCAACACCGUGUCUGGACUGCAGAUCAACAGCGAUAAUGAGGCUGAUUUCUUAGCACAGAUUGAAGCCCUGGAGAAAAGAAAUGAAGACCACGUGCAGAAAUCUGGCAAAAAGAAAAUCUUCACGGACACCAGUGAUGGCAGCCCACCCCAAUUAAACACUGAUGAUGAUUAACAGGAGCACAAUAGUCACAUUUAAAAAAAUAAAGGAGAGAAAUCCCUCCAUUCACAAAUAAGACGUGGAAUGGGAUGAACAUCCAUGUCCAUGUGAAAUACUCACGCCAUCCUUUCUGCUGUUAACACGUUUGCUCGGCGUUGAAAGUGACACGUGAUCAUUUGAGACAUCAAGCAUAACCUGACAUUUUUAACAGACAGUUUUGGAUGAUGGUUAAAAACGGGGAAAAAAGAAAAAAAUAUUUAUAAGGAAACCAGUAACUACAGAGAAUUGUGUGGUGUUAAAAACUGUCUCCUUUCACAAUAAGAGCAAGCAGAGAAUAAAGAUCUCCUGAGGAUCUCUGAACGGGUGUGUUGAUUUGAGCUUCAGUAAUGAACAGAACUCAGGACAUUGAUCCAAUCUGUUCAUCAUAAAAAUGACAGCCUGGGUUUUUAUGUGAAAUCAUUUUAUUGCCAAGAUGACUAUUGUAGAUUUGUGGUUUUUGAAAUCUAUUGGAAAAUCAAAUAAAGAUGCAAUUAAACUGCUGAA